UGCUCUGCUGUCUCUGGUCUACUUCUGUGACAAACUGAAAAGUCUAGUGCAUAAAAAAGGCAUUUGCAGUGCAUUUGGAGUGAAGCGACUCCGUCAUGAAGCUGGCCGUGGUGCUGUUGGCUCUGCUCUUCUGCACGCUGCUCUUUCAGCUCGGCCUGAGCCAGAAGGAGGGUCAGCAGUCGAAGCCAGUGGCAGCUCAAAGGCCUAAAAGCAAGUCUAAGGUUGAGAAAGUGGUGGACAAGAAGACCAAGAGCGCAUCUGUUAAACCCAAAGCCAAAGCCACGCCUCGGCCUCCAGCGGCUCAGACGUACCUGACUCAGGUGCUGGAUAAGGGGAAGUUCCAGAAGGUGGGCAAAACGCUGUCCGUCACGGCAGGACUCACGCUGGAGCUGAGGUGUAAGGGCAGUCCGGUCCAGUGGGGUGUCCCACCUUACCUGCAAGAGGACGACGAUGGGCGACUCAGGACGGUCCAGCAUGAGCGAUAUGGCACCCUGAUUUUAGCAAACACAACAGGAGCCGACACCGGGGAGUUCACCUGCUACCCCAUGUACUGCGAGGACACGGAGUGCAGGAAGGAGUACGAUAAGGCCGUCAAAGUCUUCGUCUUCUUCCCUGACCCUCAGGAGCUGUUUGUUCCCUCUUCCAACUACUAUGAGGUCAUCCAGCUGCGCACUAACAGGCCCACAGUGCUGCCCUGUCAGGUCACGUCUCCGCAGGCUAAAGUCACUCUGCACCGCGAGUUCCCGCCUGUGGAGGUGAAGGUGGAUGGAGUGGAGAUUUCCUUUGAGGUCACGCGUGGCUUUACUAUCCACAGGCCCAAACAACACCACGCUGGAUCUCUGUACUGCGUGGCUAGCCUGGGCAACCUGCGCCAGAGCUCCACCAAGUACAUGCUCAUCUACGUCCACUACCCUGCUGCUCCCCCAGUCCCUGUCAUCCAGGCCUCAUCAGACUCCAUGGCUCUGGGACAGAACCUGCAGGUCACCUGUACAGUGGUGGGAGAACAGGACGUGCUGGUGGACUUCACCUGGGAGUACCCCGGUCAGACGAUUGGCCGUCCGCUCUACACUCAGGACAGCAUGCAGACGGUCCAGGUGGAUGGGCGCAGCCGCCUGCGCUCCCAGACCGUGCUGCUGGUGGACGAGUUCAGAGAGGUGGACCAAGGCACCUACACCUGCACAGCCCAAAACCUGGAGGGGUCACGAUCAGUCUCCACUACUGUUAAAGUGCUGUCAUCGCGCAGCACCAACAAACCAAAGAAACCAUGAGAAGGUGAAAUGGUCAUGGAGCGACGACUCACCUGAUGACAGACUGACCUUCAGCUUUCAGAGCUAUGGUGUUGCGGUCCCUUGAAAGGGCAUUCUGGCCUAAAACUAGCAUUUAUUAUAUUAUUCAUCAGAAUGCCUUGCACAAAUAUGAUCAAACAACCGAUGGCAGAUUUCACGCUGCGAUAAAGAAAUGCACUGAUGUAGUAGCUCACCAACACAGACGUGAUGUUCGGCCUACAGGGGAUAACGUCAGCUAUCUGGCUUCCAUUACAUCAGCCAGCUAGCAGCCAGCAAAGUGCCUGUAGUCUUUCAAAAGCUCCUCCCACCUUCAACAUACAUCAUCAGAAGUGGGUUUGCAUGGAAAUUCUCACUCUUAGGACGAGUGGGUGGAGAAAGCAUGUUUACAGAAGGUGCAGCGAUCGCUAAAGCUUGCAUUAUAGCCAGAGCGCCCCUUUAAAUUGGCAAUGACAAAAGGUCAAAUUUACCUUUUAUUUAUUUCUCUUUUUAUUCCCUCUACCUUGAAUGUAGUGAAUAAGCCAAGACACAUUUGUUAUCUGAAGCUUGUUUCUUUAAUUUGGAACGAAUAUGCAAAUUAGCAUUGUACCAACUGCAUCUACCACUUACAGUCACGCUCCUCAUUAAGCUGUUACAGAUGACUGUUAUCUACAGACAAACAGACGGAGAUAUAAACAAAUGUACGCUUCUAGAUGGGGGUUACAACUGUCUUUUAACUGUACAACAUCAUUUUUGUCGUAUUUAUAAAUAACAGCAGGCCAUACAGUGUCAGAAACCACAUGGGCAAGUCUACACAACUCAACACUGUCUGAGACAAGAUUUAGGCAUCCGGUUCGGUCGUCAUGAGUUUCUCAUCUACAUUAGCUUCAUAGCUCCACCUCAGAACUUCAGACACCAAACACGUCCUUCCUUAUCAACUGUAUUUGGCGUGAAGGGGAGAACAGUGUAUAUGGGAGGCAAAUCCAGCCAAAGAGGAAAUGAAAAUAAAAAGAAUAAAAUGUGAACGCAAACCUUUUUUUGCCAUUUCUUUUUCCAAACAUCUGCGCAAAUAUCCUGCCAAAAGUGAAAAUGAAAUGAAAUGCCUUCAAUUUCAUUUCUCACAUGAGCGCGAGCCGUUUGUGACAAGAAUAAAAAGAAACUGAAAACGCCGAUUUGUCAUUUCAUUUUAGUCGUUAUUCUGUUCAUCUAAAAUGAAAACGGUAACAGACAAAAGAAAACACGAAGGUCACUUUGGCUUCACAGCGAUCGGCUGCAAAUCUGACAGAAUUAAAAUGAAAAUGCAAAAAGGAUAAAUCAACAGCAAAGCGACAGAUCAUGACUCAGCGCCACCUGCUGGAGAUUCACUUUUCAUUUUCCAGUUUUCAUUUUCUUUUUCUAGCUGACCAACAUGCAAAUAUAUGUUAAUUAGCGCUAGGCGGUUGGUUCCUCCAUGCUGAACGAACAGCGCAGAUCAGCAUAUUUACCAUGUUGGUCUAAGCUGGUUUAGGCUAGUUUAUGCUGCUCUGUUGCUGGUUUAGCUCAUCACCCAGCAUGGCCCUGCUGGUUGGCCAGCAUACCAGCAUCCAAAACACAACAUAUUGUUGCUGUCGGAGGAAAAACUUGUCUCUCCAUUUUUGUUAUUCUUCAGUGUUUUACAUCAUUUGAAAAUGCCUGUUUCCCUUU